AUGGGGAAAAUGCAGCAUAUUGUUGCCUAUAUAACCGGCGGUGCUCAUGGUAUAGGAAAAGCUGUUGCCGAGAAAAUCUUCUGUCAAGGUGGUAAAGUAGUGCUGGCCGACAUAUCUUGUAAUGGAAUUAAAGUUGCUGAGAGCAUGGGCGACAAAGCUUUAUUUUCGUGUACCGACGUGCGAGUUGAGAAGGACGUGUUGGAGAGUAUAAAAUGCGUGAAGGAAAAAUUCGGCGGUGUGAACGUGCUCGUGAAUUCCGCUGGUGUCUCCGGUAUUCAUCCUAUAUACGAUUUCAAGAACAAAAAACCACAUUCGGUGGACUUGUACAGAUGUCAAUUCGAUACAAAUGUGUGGGGUGUGUUUAACGUCACCCGGUUAAUGGUGGGUCUCAUGGCGGAAAAUAAACCGGAUGCGCAUCGACAGAGGGGAGUCAUUAUCAAUCUUGCGAGUAUGAUGGCGUAUGAUGCGCCACCGGAAUUCGUCGCUUACGGUGGCUCGAAAGCUGCGGUUGCAGGCAUGACAAUACCUUUAGCGAGAGGGCUUGCACAGAAGGGGAUACGAGUCGUCGGUAUAUGUCCUGGUUACAUAGACAGCCCUAUGACAUGCACACAAAAACCAGAAGUCAAGAAACGCAACAUCAACAUGACUUUGACGCCAAGACGUUACGGAUGUUGCGAGGAGGUUGCUCACCUGAUUCAAGCGUGCAUCGAAAAUCCGAUAAUUAAUGGUGAAAACAUUCGUAUUGAUAUGGGCUACAGAUAUAAUCAGACAGACGAUGGUCAAAAAGAUGAUUCGAAAUGA